GCGGCAAUCUGCGGAAAGGUCAGUUCCGCUCUGGCCGUGGCGGUCUUGCUGCUCGCAUCAUCUCAUUUGGCUGGGGCUCAAAAUGUUGUUUCGCCGAAGCAAACUACACCGCCUUCUGGAGGGAGUUCUGAGGCUCAAGCCAACUUGCUUAUCUUCUCCUGCGGCAUUGUUGGAAUUGCUUUUGCGUCGUUCCUCUACUACUGUGUCUCAUUGAUCUCCUUGCGUUCCCCCAGCGAUGAUAUGGAGCCGCUCGUCAGCUCUGCGAGAGCAGGAGAAUCUGAUGAGGAGCUCAUCACAAUUUAUGAGACCAUCCGAGCAGGAGCAAGAGCCUUCUUGUGGGCCGAAUAUCAGAUCUGCUUCAUCUUCGUGGCUGGUUUCUCCGUUUUGAUCUUGCUCAUGGUUUCCCACACCAACACCAACGGCUGGGAUUUUACCGUCGGUGGACUUACUGCGCUCUCGUUCAUCGUUGGAGCAUUGACUUCUAUUCUUGCGGGAUUCAUCGGAAUGAUGGUUGCUGUGUAUUCGAAUGCACGUACCACCGUGUCCGCAAAGAAGGAAGGAGAGUAUGGCUGGAGCGCUGCAUUCAAUACUGCAUUCCGCGCUGGUGGAGUGAUGGGCUACUCGCUCUGCUCCUUGUCGCUCAUGAUCCUCUACACCUUGUGUCUUGUUUACCGUGGAAUCUUCACCGGUGCAGAUGGGAAAACAGAUUACAAGACCGUGUUCGAGUGCAUUGCCGGUUAUGGUCUUGGUGGCUCUGCCAUUGCCAUGUUCGGCCGUGUUGGAGGAGGAAUUUUUACCAAGGCUGCUGAUGUUGGUGCGGAUCUUUCGGGCAAGGUUAUUGGCGUGGGUGAUGGCAAGAAGCUCGAUGAGGAUUCUCCUUACAAUCCAGCAUGCAUUGCCGACAACGUUGGAGACAACGUGGGAGACGUUGCUGGAAUGGGAUCUGAUUUGUUCGGUUCUUUUGGAGAGGCAAGCUGCGCUGCCAUGCUCGUGGGCUCUGCGUCUGUUUCAAUCGAGAAUGAGGGAUGGGCUGCCCUUGUGUUCCCUCUCUUCAUCAGCGCCAUCGGAAUUGUUGCUUGCAUGGUUGUUUCUUUCAUUGCCACUGAUAUCCAACCGGUCCGCUGUGAAGCAGACAUUGAGAAGGCUCUCAAGAUUCAGCUCCUCGUGACUUCGAUCGCCAUGACAGCUCUCCUCUAUCCAGUCGCUGCUUGGGCUCUUCCCGAAUCCAUCUUACUGUCGGUCAAUGGCAAGGAUGCCCUUGUUACCCCAACUAUCUGCUACUUCUGCACUAUUUCUGGCCUUUGGGGUGGAUGCCUCAUUGGAUUCAUCACCGAGUAUUUCACAAGCCACAGCUACACCCCUGUACGUGACGUCGCUCGUUCUACUGAAACCGGUGCGGCCACCAACAUCAUUUACGGAUUGGCUCUUGGUUACAAAUCAGCUAUUCUGCCAGUGAUCAUCUUGUCUGCUAUCAUCUUCCUCUCCCUCAAGAGUGCUGGAAUGUAUGGAGUUUCCCUUGCUGCACUCGGAAUGCUCUCCACUCUGGCUACCUGCCUCACCAUUGAUGUGUAUGGACCUAUCUCCGAUAACGCUGGUGGAAUUGCUGAGAUGGUUGAGAUGCCGUCGUCUGUGCGUGACAAGACCGAUGCUCUUGAUGCCGCUGGAAACACCACUGCUGCGAUCGGAAAGGGCUUUGCCAUUGGAUCUGCUGCCCUCGUUUCCUUGGCCUUGUUUGGUGCCUUCGUUACCCGCGUCGCGUCGAAUGGGAAUAGCCCACUCUCAACAGGUGCAGUCAACCUCUUGUCCCCUGUGGUUUUCGCGUUUUUGGUGUUUGGUGCCAUGGUGCCAUACUGGUUCUCCGCCAUGACCAUGCGAUCUGUCGGUGAGGCAGCCAACGCUAUGGUCAAGGAGGUUGGUAGGCAAUGGGCUGAAAUCCCGGGCUUGAGCGACAGUGCUGGCCUUGAUUUCCAUGAGCGUCAGGAAUGGAGAAGCCAGGGCAGAACCCUCGCGAAACCAGAUUACCAGGCGUGCAUUGCCAUCGCCACGAAGGCUUCCCUCAAGGAGAUGGUCCCGCCUGGUCUUCUUGUGAUCCUUAGCCCAAUCUUGGUCGGCACCUUCUUCGGAGUGGAAGCUGUUGCUGGGCUCUUGACUGGCGCCACUGCGUCAUCUGUGCAGCUCGCCAUCUCCAUGUCCAACACUGGAGGUGCUUGGGACAAUGCCAAGAAGUACACCGAGAAAGGUGAACUCAACGGCUGGUUCCCUUACCGCGAUGGACGUCCCAUUGCUCAGAACUGGUAUGAGCAGGCAGCGAAGAACAACGGAGAUUCUUGCCUUGUGCAGAGAGUCCGUAUGGGAGGCGCUGACAAGGAGGUGCCAAUCAGGCAGUGGCUGUCGGACUUGCAGAGGACGGAUCCCGCCAAGUACAACAAAAUCAUGGCAGGAGACGAGCCAGUGGAGACGGCCGAUGGGCGCAACGUCAUCUAUGCUGGGAAGAAGUCUUCAGCUCACGCUGCCGCUGUCGUCGGAGACACUGUUGGAGAUCCUCUCAAGGACACCUCGGGGCCUGCGCUCAACAUCGUCAUGAAGCUCAUGGCUAUCAUCUCAGUCGUUUUCGCUGACUUUUUCAUGUCUAUCAACCAUGGAGGCGGGCUCUUCAACACCGGAUCAGGCCCCAACUAGACUGAGAUGCGCAUGUCGAGUGAAUGGCAUUGUGCUCGUUUCAAUCUCUCUUGUUGCCUUCUGGCUUCUUUUCCUGCAUCCUGUCCAUGUAGACGUUGACUGUCUCCACCACAGCAGCCAAAAUCUG